ACUGGCUCUAAAACCGUGAUCUAGGAGAACCUCUCCCACUCCUUACUUCCGCUUCCUUCAAGUAAGGAGUCGAGGCCUCCCCUAUUUUUCUCACACCGACAGGCAGCGGGUGGCAGCGACGUCUUGCGAUGUUUGGCCUUAAAAGAAACGCGGUAAUCGGACUCAACCUCUACUGUGGGGGCGCUGGGCUAGGGGCCGGCAGUGGCGGCGCCACUCCGCCUGGAGGGCGGCUCUUGGCCGCGGAGAAGGAGGCCACUGCUCGGCGAGAGGUAGGGGGAGGGGAAGCCGGCACUGUGAUUGGCGGAAGCGCCGGCGCGAGCCCCCCGACCGCUCAGGCGCAAGACGCCCGAAGGGUCGCGCGGCCGGUGCCCAUUGGCGCCGAGGUCCCCGACGUCACCGCGACCCCGGCGAGGCGACUGUUCUUCGCGCCCACCUACUGCGUGUCGCCGCCGGAGGAGAUGGAAGCCCCCACCGCCGACGCCGCCAUGUCGCCCGAAGAGGAACUGGACGGAUAUGAGCCCGAGCCUCUUGGGAAGCGACCGGCUGUCCUGCCCUUGCUGGAGUUGGUCGGGGAGGCCAGUAAGAGCCCCAGCACUGACGGGUCACUACCCUCGACGCCGCCCCCAGCGGAGGAGGAGGACGACGAGUUGUACCGGCAGUCGCUGGAGAUUAUCUCUAGGUACCUUCGAGAGCAGGCAACAGGCGCCAAGGACGCAAAGCCAAUGGGCGGAUCUGGGGCCGCCAGCCGGAAGGCGCUAGAGACCCUACGACGGGUCGGGGACGGAGUGCAACGCAACCACGAGACGGCCUUCCAAGGCAUGCUUCGGAAACUGGACAUCAAAAACGAAGAUGAUGUCAAAUCUUUGUCUCGAGUGAUGGUCCAUGUUUUCAGUGACGGAGUAACAAACUGGGGCAGGAUUGUGACUCUAAUUUCUUUUGGUGCCUUUGUGGCCAAACACUUGAAGAGCAUAAACCAAGAAAACUGCAUCGAACCUUUAGCAGAGAGUAUCACAGAUGUUCUCGUAAGGACAAAACGGGACUGGCUGGUCAAACAAAGAGGCUGGGAUGGGUUUGUGGAGUUCUUCCAUGUAGAGGACCUAGAAGGCGGCAUCAGAAAUGUGCUGCUGGCUUUUGCAGGUGUUGCUGGAGUAGGAGCUGGUUUGGCAUAUCUAAUAAGAUAGCCUUGUAAGUGCAAUAGUUGACUCUUAACCAACUCCAGCCACCAAAACUUCUGUGAAAUCAAAUGUAUUUAUGAAGUUGGACUUCAAGCUGCCCAGGCUGUAACCUCCAAGAGUUUCACUCUAGCAACCUAGCCAGAAAGCAAGUGGCAAGAGGAUUAUGUCUAACGAGAAUAAAUACAUGGGAAAAGUAGUCCCCCUUGAAGAGUUCACUGUAUGAAAGAAGCAAAGUUCACUUUCAGCACCAAGCAAACUGGGAGGCCAUGGAGGAGGACUGUUAGAUUUAGUGAAGAUAAAAAUGGAAAAACUUAAAUUUCCUUGUCUAGAACCAGAAGAGUGGCCAGUAGCCAGGCUAGUCAUAGAAUUCAUUAAAUAUGCCCACCGAAUUCAUUAAUUUCCUAUAGUGUUAAAGAGAAGCACUAACAAUGCCAGUGACCUAUAAGAAAUGAUUUAAGCUCCAAGUAAUUGAGCUAUGACUAGAAGCCUCAGUACUGUGCAAAAAUGAAGGGAAGCUUUUCCUCUCUAAUUAGCUUUCCCAGGUAUACUUCUUGAUAGAAGAUCCAAGUGUUCAGGAUUUUUCUACCUGUUCUACUUUGGCUUGGUUUGAAUGAUUCUUAGUUUAUUAGCAUAGUAAUGACCAAGAGUACUUAAAGGCUCAGCUAGUUACAAAUAUGAAUAUUCUCAUUUUUUUAAGACAGAAACAACUUAUAAAUGUAUUUGUCUGUAAAAAUGUAUAUUUUUACAGAGAAAAUAUUUCUGUGAACAUAAAAGGAGAAAAGUCUCGAAUUUAAACUUUGAAAUCUACAACUUCUUCAGUUAGGAAUCUAUUUCUUCAUAUAGCUUUUCUAUUCUAAACUUUCUCCUGGUCAGUUCUAGAGUAUUUACAGAAUCAACUGUGAGUGUGUGCAACCUGGUUGUAGUGGGACAAAUCUGAUUCAUAACUAUGCAGGCUUUAAUUUUCCAAUCUGGUAUUGGUAAGUAUUCCUUAGAUAGUUUUUUUUUUUUUUUUUUUUUUAAACCUGGGAUUGAAAAGUUGUGGAAUGAACAUUAAUCCUUUAAUUUGGUUAUAUGUAGAUUUUCAAUAAUUGAGUCAAAGUGGAGUUCUAAGUUUUGUUUGUUUUUGUUUUUGUUUUUGCAGGGGUGGGGAUAAGCUAGUGACUUAAAAAUAAUGGGCUCUGAUUAGGCAACUACUCAUUUAAGUUCCUUCCAUUUGACCUAAUUUAACUGGUGAAAUUUAAACUGAGUGAAUGAGCUCAUCUUUAAAGCUUUUACUGAAGGAUUUUCAGCUGUUCCAAGUGGGACUUAUUAGCAUUGUUUAUAAAAAGAUAACAUCAGGUGGAUGAGAGACAUUGGAUCCCUUGUUUGCUUAAUAAGUUGUAAAAUGAUGGCUUGGAAAAGCAGGCUAGAGUCUAACUAUGGUGCUAUUAUGGGGCUUGCUUGUUAAACACAGGUUUAAGCCUCAUAUAUCAAUAAAAGAAAUACUUAUUGUUUUUUUUCUAUUAAUGAUUCCCAAGCUUUGUUUUGAAUUUUUGCAUUGGCAUCUCGGUGGAUUUCAAACCUGAUGUAUUGAACACAUUUACUUCUGUCCUUCGUUGAAAUAUUUGCUGCUUGUUCUGCUCCCUCUUCAGAUAUUUAUAUCAGUUUCUGCAUCUUUACCCUGCCAUCCCUGAACUCUUACCUAGACCUUUUAGUUUUUAGCACUAUGAACCUGAGUGACCCCUUUCUUCCCUAAUGCCACCCCCCCACCUCAAGAGUCAGCAGACGUUCAUCAUUUAUGAAUUUUGUCCUGUUGGGAGGUAGUAAUACCAUGGGUCCUGGAACAAUGACAGUCAGUGGGGAUGGGAAGGGAGUCCCUUGUCCUUGGAUUGAUACCUUUUCACUUGUUUUAACCUAUCUUUGGGGAAAAAGGUUUCAAAAGUCCUUUUAAGAAUUUUCAGGAAAACAUCAUUUUACAUUGGCUUUCUGAAGUUUCCUUUGCAUUUGAAUAAGCUCACUUAAAUUUUAUAUAAAGAAGUGGGCUCUGUUAAAACAACCUCAAAGAGUUAUAUAAAAGCUAUUGGUAAACUGAAGAAAGCUGUUGGAACUAGGGUCAUUUGAAAGCUUCAGCCCCAGAACAUGACCUUUAGUCUGUGGACUCCAGAUAAAAAUAGGCAUGAAUAAAAUGACUCAGAAUGUAAUGGGGAAGAAUUGCCUUGCCUGCCCAUCUCCAGAGCCAUAAGGUCAUCUUGCUAGAGCUAUUUUUACCUAUGUAUUUAUCAUUCUUGAUCACAAACCACUUAUUUAUAUCAUGUCUAUCUCUUAAGGACCUAAAAGCACUUUAUGUAGUUUUUAAUUAAUCUUAAGAUCUGGUUAAGGUGACUAAAAGGCCUUUCUCCCCAUAUCCAGUUGUGGAAAUAAGGCAUAGGUGUAGAUUGGUGUUUAGAAGCACCACUUCCCAAUUCACUAGGUGUGACUGCUGAAAUGUAGACCGGAUAUUAGUUGGUGUUUUGGGUCCAGAACACUUGAGGGCUUAGGGAGCCCAAAUGGUUUGGGAAGCGGUGGAACAAUUGGUUUAUAGGGAGAAGAGGCACGUGGUUCGAGUGCUGACUAGCUGCAUAGUUCAGGCAAAUCCUCCAAAAUGGAGAAGGGAGGAACUGCUUGGAAUAGCUUUCUCAGUGACUUCUGUUUGUCUUAUGCUUCUCUCAGGGAAAAACAUGCAGUCCUCUAGUGAUGUCCAUGUACAUUCUAUUGGGGUGAACACUUUGGUUCUGGUUAAACAGCUAGUGUUUUUGACAGCUGUUCCAGGAAGUGUUAGGACCAACUACAAAUCAAUGUGGGUUGUAAAAUGUAGUGUUUCCCUAACGUCCUGUUUUUUUCCUGAGAAAAAAAUAAAUCAUUUUUUUUUUCAAAUGUAA